AUGGCUGGGUUCUGUGAUAGCCUGGGCUCUUGCUCGGUCUCGCAUGGCCUGACUCGCGCGGCAGUCACUCAUUCCCCGGGCUACAGUCGCGGGGAUCUGGGCUCCGGCAGGCGCCUGUGGAUGAACUCGGCUUCGCUUAGCCCCGCGUCCUACGCGGCGGGACCGGGACCGGCUCCACCCUACGCUGCAGCUGCCUUGGCUGCCCCGGGCUCGCUCCUCGGUGCUGCAGGCGGUCUGGCGGGCCCCGAUCUCGCGUGGCUGAGCCUGUCGGGGCAGCAGGAGCUGCUGAGGCUCGUAAGGCCACCCUACUCCUACUCGGCGCUCAUCGCCAUGGCCAUCCAGAGCGCACCGCUGCGCAAGCUGACGCUCAGCCAGAUCUAUCAGUACGUGGCCAGCAAUUUCCCCUUCUACAAGCGCAGCAAGGCUGGCUGGCAGAACUCCAUCCGCCACAACCUGUCCCUCAAUGACUGUUUCAAGAAGGUGCCCCGAGAUGAGAACGACCCAGGUAAAGGCAAUUACUGGACGCUGGACCCAAACUGUGAGAAGAUGUUCGAUAAUGGGAACUUCCGAAGGAAGAGGAGGCGGAGAGGAGAGACCAGUGGGGCCGCUGCACCUGGAGCCAGCAGCCCAGAGGGAGCCACACUGGAGCCCCGUGGCUCAGCUUCCCAAGACACGCAGACCUCUCGGUCCCCGCCUGCAUCCGAGGCUGCCCCAUGCCUCUCGGGGUUCACCACCGCGGUGGGAGCUUUGGCUGGCAGCCUAGGCACCCUCCCUGAGGGCCUGGUCCGUGACUUUUCUUUCCGAAGGCCACCAACAGCGGCUGCCCACGGUCCCCAGAUCCCCAACACCGCGCAGGGCUUUGCCCCUGGCCAUCAGAUGGUGGCUACUGGCUUUAGGGUGGGUCAUCUCGUCUACAGCCGGGAAGGGACUGACGUUUGA